UGUGCCUCAUGCCCGGUGCGGGCCCUGGUCUAGCAAGCUCACAAUUAAUCUUCACGCAACACAAUAGCAUGCGUGUUCACAGCAGCCUUUUCGACGCUUACUCAGGUACCGGCCCGCUCUUCCCCGGCCUGCUUGGCUUCACGUGGAAGGUGCAACUGCCAAUGGUUCCCUCCAUCGUAACACCUGCAUACCUCGAACCACGUUGGAGUUCAUGCUUGUCCUCGAUACCUCCUCGCCAUUUCAACACCCGUGCUACUUCGCACCUCAGACGUCAUGUCUGAAAGAAACUACAUCUGCAACCUACCAGACGAGUUGCUGCUCAAAAUUCUGCACCAUAUCCCGCCCCCGAAGCCAGAUCCGGAGACAAAUCCACAUCUCUCAUGGGGCGUACAAAGGCUGCCGCUUACCGACUAUCGGUCUGUAUCUUCCGUGUGCCAGCGUCUGAACCGAAUUGCAAACAGUGUAAUGUACGCCCACUAUGACCACGAGUCCAACUACGUCUCUUCGGCCAGAUUCAUCAGAACCCUCGUGCAAAACCCACUUUUGGCCCGCCAUCUGAGGAGUCUGAAAGAGCUUGAAUCGACAAGUCCGACCCUUCAACACCUGGAGCCGUACAAACGAUCCAUCUCCAGCAUUGAAUGUCUCUAUGCUCUAUCUGAGCAGCUCAAUCCACAAACUUCACAAAGCAUCGUCCUCACACGAAACAUAUUGCGCCGGAAAAACAUGUUCGAGCUGUUCCAGAGUGGACAAGAUACGACGCAUGAUCUCGAGGCUGCGCUGAUCCUUGCAUUGGCCCCGAAAAUCCAGACAGUAGCGCUGAACUACAAUUCAAAUCGUAGGCGAAAUUGGGCGGUCUGUCUGAAGAUGAUGACACCUGGAAAUCGAAGUUUCCCGUACAACCCAGAGCAGCAGUUUGAACACCUCCGAAAGCUAAAAGUCAACAUGUCUGGUCUGCGAUUCAGCGACAUCUCCGGUGUUCUCCGACUGCCAUCCCUGGUCGACCUCAUUCUGUUUAAGUUCGAGAGACUGCCCACAGAUGUCGAUCAAAUAAAUGAGCUGGACUGGAAUUGCCCCGUCAAAGAGUCUAGGAUCCGAACAAUACGCCUUGACCAGUUUGACAUACAUCAUUCAUAUAUUGUGAAGCUCAUAUCAUCCUGUCAUCACUUAGAGGCAUUUGCGUUGGGUUUUUCUCCCCGGACUCACAACCCUCUUGACUAUCUCAAUAUCAUCAGCGAACUUGAAAAACACCAUCCUAAGCUAGAGGCUUUGAGUUUAACCCGCUUCUUCAGACAACAAACCGCCCAUUUUCGCGACGUGCCACCCCGCUCCACUUCUUUAAGAGGGUUCAGGAACUUGAAAUACCUAGCUGCACCGCUAGAGUUGCUAGUGAACCCUCAGACCUCAGACCCGAACCUUCAUCUCGGCUGCCUUCUCCCACGAAAUCUCCAGACCUUCGUGCUCAGUAAGGGAGAAGCGCUAUACGACGAACUAAAGCGAUGGCGCGACACACAUGCUGUAGGUACGGGUAACAACUGGAACUUUAGCGCAGAGGAGCGCUACAACAGGGCAUUCUGCGACAAACAGGUGCAAAGCGUGGUAGAAGCAUGCCGAUAUGACAACCUGCAACUUCAAGCGUUCGGAAUUCACUACGCGACCGAUUUUCGCUACGCAGAUGCCCCUGGAGGCUAUGCCAACACCAGCAAAGACUUGGCUCGUAUGGAGGAUGUGCAUUUCGACUUCUCCAGGUUCACGCGCGACUUCGAGAUCACCAACGUGCACUUUGACUAUGUAAUCAAGGUCUUUCACGAUAGGACAUCUGAAGCGCAUGAGCGACUGAUCUCCGUGAGAAGAAUCAACGGCGACGCUGUAGCGGAAGACUACUCCUACCACUUGCAUUCGAAUUUCGACCCCGCACCGCGUUACGAGCUGAGAGGCUUCGAGCAGCCUCGUUUCCUGAACACAGAGGGUGAGGAGUAUAGGGUGCACAGGAACCAGAUCCCGUAUGAGUUGCGAGAGGAGAUUUGAAAUCGCAAGAGCGUACCGACGCGUGGUGAUUAGUCGUAUUCCGCCAUUUCGACGCGGCCAGAGAUAAUGAAUUUACGCCAAACAACUAUGCCAGGGACCUCAGACAACAUCCCUACGCUCAUUUCAGCAUACACAAAGCGCAUCAUCUUGCUUUU